AUGGCCCCUCCUCCCUUCCUCACCUCGCCCGAGCAGUACAAGGAGCUCUUCGACUCGGUCGACACGUUCCUCCUCGACUGCGACGGCGUCAUCUACCAUGGCCCCGUCGUCGUCGAGGGCGUCAAGACCGUCCUCCAGCUGAUGCGCGAUGCCGGAAAGAAGAUCAUCUUCGUCACCAACAACGCUACCAAGUCGCGCAAGAUGUACAAGACGACCUUUGACAAGCUCGGCAUUGAGGCCUACGAGGAGGAGAUCUUUGGCUCUGCCUACGCUUCGGCGGUGUACAUGUCCCGCAUCCUCAACUUCCCCAAGGACAAGCGCGUGUACGUCCUUGGCGAAAAGGGACUCGAGGACGAGCUCGACGCCGUGGGCAUCCAGCGCUGCGGCGGUACCGACCCCGAGGACCGCGUCUUCAUCCCCAGCAUGGACUUCAGCCACUUCCCCGCGGACCCGACUAUUGGUGCUGUUCUUUGCGGCUUUGACUCUGGUAUCAACUACAAGAAGCUUGGCAAGGCCUACUCGUACCUCCGCGACGACCCCAACGUGCACUUCCUCCUCACGAACCAGGACCGUGUGUUCCCCACGUCGGGCACAACCUACCCUGGCUCUGGCUCUCUCUCGGCCCCUCUCGUCUUCGCCCUCCAGGGCAAGCGCGAGCCCACCGUCAUCGGCAAGCCCAACAAGCACAUGAUGGACGCUAUCAUCGCCGAGCACCACUUCGACCCCAAGCGCGCGCUCAUGGUCGGCGACAACCUGCUCACAGACAUUGCGUUUGGCUUGGGGAGCGACGUGAGGACUCUGCUCGUCAUGGGAGGUGUCACCCACAAGGACCAGGUGUACGGACCCGAGCCCAGCGACAUUCGGCCCACCUUUGUGGUGGAAAGCCUGGGUGACUUUGCGGUCCUUGCCAAGAAUUAA